CCAAAGAAAUGGAAGCUGUUGAUCAAGAGAAACUAGCUCCGAGUAUUUCCAUGGUUCCAGUUCAACUUCGAAGUGUGAAAAAAGAAGCUUAUAGACCUCAGAUGGUCACCGUUGGACCCUAUCACCAUGGCAACUCGGUUCUGUUGGGUAUGGAAAAGCACAAACGGCACUACAUGCAAACUCUUCUUGGUCGAGUACAAAAUCCAGAAGAUAUCUUGGAUGAUUGUUAUAUGGCCAUUAAAAAUUUGAACCAAAGAGUUCGUGAGUGCUAUGCCGACAAUAUGCAUUUUGGGGCAGCUGGGCUUGGCGCGAUACUGCUGGUUGAUGGUUGCUUCAUAUUAGAACUUUUUCACAGGCAUAUCAUCCAGCAGCAUACAAGCAACUCGAGCGAUCCCAAUGCUGAUAAUGUUUGGAUGGUCCCAACUCUGCGACAUGAUUUGGAGCUACUUGAGAACCAGAUCCCCUUUUUUAUUCUUGUGGAAUUGUAUAAAAUCUUCCAAAAGCAUCUCCAUAUAUUUUCAGAGUACUCACUCCCUUCCCUUGCUCUUUCAUUCUUUCACCCAAAUGUGAAUGUUAACCAGGAAGGGAUGUCCAUGGAACCAAAUCAUUUACUUGAUCUCUUGCACAAAUCUUUGCUUCCCACACCUUCAAAUGACUCAAGCGGCAGCGAAACUCGGGGAUUCGAUCUUUGUGCAUCAGAACUUUUAGAAGCUGGAAUUCAGUUCGAAAAGAUUAGCGAAAGCCAUCUAUUGGACAUAAAGUUCGAUAGUGGUAAUGGAGUGAUCAAAAUCCCACCAUUGUCCAUUCACAAAACUGAGUUGCUGUUGAGAAAUCUCAUCGCUCUGGAGCAUUGCGGUUUUCACAAUAGCUGCAAAACUCUUCACAUUUCAUCAUAUGCACUCAUGAUGAGAAGUCUCAUCCGUUCCUUGGCGGACGUUGAACUACUUGAAGAGAAAGGGAUCAUAUCUUCCAAUUCGGUGGGGGGUGAAAGCAUUUUGUGUCUCAUCGAUGAUAUCUGCAAGAACGUGGAUAUCAAAGACUUCUAUUUCGGUGAGCUGUGCAAGGAGGUGAACGCAUACUGUAAUUCCAGAACUUGCAGGAUGCCCAAAGAAAUGGAAGCUGACUGGCUGCUUCCGCUGAAAGAGAAACUGGGUCUACUGGGUCCAACGUUACCGACUCCGAGCAUUUCUAAGGUUCCAAAAAAACUUCGAAAAGUCGAUAAAGAAGCUUAUAGCCCUCAGAUGGUCUCCAUUGGACCUUAUCACCAUGGAAACUUGGAUCUACUAGGUAUGGAAGAGCAUAAAAUGCAGUACAUGCGAAAUCUUCUUCAUCGAGGAGAAAAUGAUUCAGUAGAAACCUUGGAUGAUUGUGGUAAGGCCAUUAAAAAUUUGGACUUCAGAGUUCGUGAGUGCUAUGCUGACAAAAUACGGUUUGAAUCUUUUGAUGCAACUAAGCUUGGUGAAAUACUGCUGGUCGAUGGUUGCUUCAUAAUUGAACUUUUUUAUAAGUAUGUCAUCCAGCAGGAUACGAACUUGAAUGAUCCCAUUGCCAAUAAUGCUUGGAUGGUCUCAGCUCUCCAGCAUGAUUUGGUGCUACUCGAGAACCAGAUCCCCUUUUUUAUUCUUGUGGAAUUGUAUAACAUCUUCCAUCGGUGUCUCAAUAUAUCUCCAGAGCACUCACUCACUUCACUUACUGUUUCAUUCUUGAACCUAAAAUUGAAUGUUAGGCGGGAAGGGAUGUCCACGGAGCCAAACCAUUUACUUGAUCUCUUACACAAAUGUUUGCUUCCUACAUCUGGUAGCGACUCAAGUGGCAGUCCACCUAGCAAUGACUCAAGCGGCAGCAAAACUCGGGGAUUCCAUCUUUGUGCUUCAAAACUCUCGAAGGCUGGAAUUCAGUUCAAAAAGAAUGAAAGCCAUUUACUAGACAUAAAGUUCGAUGGUGGUAAAGGAGUGAUUAAAAUCCCUCCAUUUUCGGUUGGUGCAACAAAGUCUCUCUUGAGAAACCUCAUCGCUCUGGAGCAAUGCGGUUUUAGCAAUAGCUGCAAAACCUUUCACAUUUCAUCAUACGCACUAAUGAUGAGAAGUCUCAUCCGUUCCUCAGCCGACGUCCAACUACUUGAAGAGAAAGGGAUCAUAACUUCAGAUUUGGAGGGGAGUGAAAGUGUUUUGGGUCUCAUCAAUGAUAACUGCAAGAACGUCUAUAUCAAACACUUCUAUUUCCGUAAGCUGUGCAAGGAGGUGAACGCAUACAUUAAACCCAGGUAG